AUGUCUCCACCGUCGCCUCCGCCUCCGCCACCUCUCGCGUACCCCGACCGGAAUCCUCCUCCACUUCCGCCACUCGACACCAUCACCAUCAUUAUGACCGCCCUGGAGAUACGUCCAGCCCUGCACAUCCACAACAAUCCUCGUCUCCUCCUCCUCCGCGGGAGAGGCACGUGCGGAGGAAAUCUUCGCAGCGGUCUCUGCGCGCCAUCUGGAGCGAUGUCCGCCGACACGAACGAUCCUUAUUCCGAAUCUGUCGCGACCUGGAACAUCGACCACCAUACUCCUCCUUCGACCAUCCGUCUUGUCGCUCCCGAGCCUGCAGGUCGCAGUCCAGCAGUAGACGACACCCGCCGAUCCAUCGACGCGCAUACUCGCCAUUUCGAGACAUCGCCCGAAUCCGAACCUCGUCGAUCUUUAACCCACAAGAGAAGUCUCGAAGACUUGCGAAGCGUCGCAGAGAGCAGUCCAUCUCCCGAACCAGCCGACAGCCAUCACACAGGAUCAAUGGGCUUCCUCCGCCGCGCUCUCAGUCGCGGUCGUGAAAAGCGCCACAGUCGCAAAGUCAGCGAAGCCGAUCAGAAAGCUCUGUCAGAAGUCCCUCGUUUGAGCAAAGACGAGAAACAUGCCUACACCAAUGGCAACACCAAAGACCUUCCCCUCCGAGGUCGCGCAGCAGAACAGCAAUACCAACCAAAAGAAUACACCCUCAACGCCAAAGCCGACCCUCCCGUCCAGCCUCACGCGACCGAACAAGAACUAUCCCAUCAACCACGAGACCUCGCCUCCAACUCUCCCACCGACCCUCCCACGCCCGACGCUCUAGGUCCCGAAUUCGCACACCUCGCCUCCCCCUCCGCGCCCGACCAACUCAACACUCUCGCCCGCUUACCCUCCGACAUCGACAUUUCCAACACCGUCGACACGACCACCCACACCUCUUACGCUCCCGCUGUAGUUCACGAAGUCGUACAGCCCAAAGUCCACGAAAUUGUAACUCAAGAAAUCACAAGAGAAAUCCACAACCAUGAUAUUUACCACCGUGUGCUUCCCGUGUUGGAAUUUGAGGUCCUGCCCGCGAGACAUUACGUCCAAGUCCCCGGCGCGGAUGGGAAGUUGGGAUUGAGAGAAUUGGGGGUGGAAGAGAUUCCUGGUGGGAGGGCGGUGGCGGAGGGACUAAAUCGAGCGAUUGCCGAUGCGGUGAGGGCGUUUGAUCCGAGGGCUGUUGUGAGCCAUCCAACAGCCUCAUCACCAGACAAGAGCAGAGCUACACCCUCCGCACCUAUCAUUCCCGCGGUCUUCACGGCGAGGAGAUUUGAAGGCACGGACGGUGAUAUGAGGCAGUGGACGGACGAGAUGGGGGUCAAGAGGAGUGAACAGACGUGGGUGCAUGCGCCUACGCUUGAGAGGGAUAGAGAUUGGGUGAUUGAUGGGACGAAGGGGGAGAGAGGGGUGGAGAUGCAUUUCUGGCAUGAGGGGACGAGUCCGGAACAUGGUCGGCGGAAUGGAGGGGCUGUGGGAGGGACGGAAGGACUUGGGGGCAAGGUGAUUGGUGGCAGGGAGAAGACGACGGAUCCAUCGAGGGAAGGGGCGAAGUUGAGUGGCACGCAGCCGGUGGUGGGGAGUGUGUUUGAGGAGGGGAAGGUUGUGAAUCGGAGGGGGGAGGAGGUUGAGCAUGCUGCUGUUCCGAAUGGUGGUGGGAGAGAGGGGGGUGGGAGGGAGGGGUUGAAUGGGGUUGUGGGCAGGGAGGAAUUGCCGAUGAGGAAGCAUGGGGAAAAUGGGAGUUUGGAGGUUGGGGUUGGGACGGCGAUUUGA